UGCAGCCCUGUCUUGUGCGUCAAACUGCACGUCACACUCGUAAUGGUCAUCCAUGGAGCUGUGGUAUUGUUGGAAAAAGCACUCUGUAGGCCUAUAGACCGAGGUUGUCCGUAUGCAGAAUAAAAUUGGCACAUCAAACAUUACAAAUAGAGGUAAUAUAAUUCAAUUUUAACCAACUAUUAAGCCUUCUAUUAUAAGAUAAGAGUGUAGGUAGGCCGUCAAUGUAAAUAAGAAUUUGUUCUUAACUGACUUUUACAUCGUUAAAUAAAUCAAUGUAGGGCUAUAGUUUGAAUAGCCUAUUCCCAUCUAUUUUUCAGAAUGUGUACGAUAAUCCUGCAAAUAUAUAGCUAUUGAAAAGUCAUAACACUGAUAAAUGUUGAUAAACUGUCAGCCAAAUAUCUCUGUAUAAACGCAAUUCCAGCGAUGACUGGCGGAGAUGCGCUCUUCCACAGCGGUAAUCAAUAGACGAAUGCAGGUACCCUGCCUCCUCGCAUACGCACUCUGUUGAUACAUCACCACGCAUUCUGACUCCACCGUGCAGUCUCUUAUUUCCAUCUCCAUCACUACUGCAUAUGAAGAAGAAUCACAAGGAUAACGGGUUUCUCCCUCAACAUCUGGAGCGCCACGUUUUACCACGCAGAGACAGACGCUCUGCCUCCGAGAAAGAGACGGGUGAGACUGAGGACGGAGCACUUGACACCUUGCUUCACCGCAUCGAUAUGCAGUAGUGUGAUACCAAUUCUGCGGAGACGUAGAGGCCAUUCCAUGGCAUCCUAAUAUUACAUUGAGGGAUUGCGCAUUCGUGAUCAAAGGCAGCCUCGUUAGUGGUGCCGAACGGAUUAAAUUUGCUAUAGGACGGGGGAAAUUAAUAAUAUCCAUAUUUGAUCAAUACCUACCGUGAGAUAUCGUUGGACCUGCAAUGGACUCCAACGUACGGGAAUAUGGAAUGGCUCGCUUGGGAAUCUUUAUGGUUUUGAUGGGGCUGUGGCGGGUUAGCGCUGCUUGCCCUGCGUUCUGCACUUGCAGCAUCUCAAGGAUUGCUUGUAUCGAUCCUGAACCAGGGAUCGAGGAUUUCCCUAUCCUUACGUUAGAUGACAUAGAAAUGGACAUCAACAUCACCGAUAUAUACAUUGCAAAUCAAAACAGACUAUUUGACAUCAAUGAUAACAGCUUGAAGUACUACUCAAAUCUCAGAAAUCUAACUGUGACAAAUACCAGAUUGACUUCAAUCUCACCACAGGCCUUUUUCAACAAUACAAGACUUCAAUAUCUGAAUCUGAGAGACAAUAACUUGUCAACACUCUCUUGGAAAACAUUCCAAAACUUAAACAUGACAUCUUUUCCUCUCCUGUCUGGUAACCCUCUGAAGUGUGUAUGUGAGAACAUGUGGAUCAAACUGAGGCUGCAAGAGGAAAUUGACAGUACGGAGAGUCAAGAGCUGAAAUGCAUAGAUGACAGAGCAGUGAGGAGGGCCAUCUCCAGAUUCACUCCCCCUGAUUGUGAGGCUCCCGCAGUGGAGGUCAGUCCCUCUAUCAUCAAAAUGACGGAGGGAAGUGAUGUCAGAGCAGUGUGCAGUGCAACAGGGUCUCCUGCCCCUGAUAUCUUGUGGAAUAUUGACAGUUUGUUUACCAUCACUAAGAUCAAUGCCUUGGAGCUGGAGAGCAAUCUGACACUGUUAGGUCUCUCGCCUUCGGACAACGGCAGAGUGAUCACUUGCAAUGUUGAGAACGUAGUCGGCCAAACCGAGGCCUACCUCCAACUCAACAUCCUCUUUCGCCCCACUAUCCUGGAGCUGCUGGAGCCAUUGCGCCUCCACCACUGGUGUAUCCCCUUCAGUGUGACCGGAAACCCCAAGCCCGAGCUACGGUGGUACCACAAGGACCAAGAGCUCCACGAACAGGAGUACAUCAAGACCGAGAUCCACGAGAGCACAGGGAGCGUUCACCACGGCUGCCUGAAGCUUGUCAACCCGACUCACAUCCACAACGGGCAGUAUACGUUGGUGGUCAGGAACGAGUACGGGGAGGAUCGUAAAGAAAUCGACGCCCACUUCCUGCUCCCGCCAGACCCAGACUACGAUACAGAACCGCCAUAUACCUACCCUUACUUACCACUACCCCCAAUAGAGGACAGUGUUGCAGUGUACAUAGUGGUGGGGAUCGCUGGCGUGGCAUUAAUUGGAUGUGUCCUGAUGGUGAUCAUUCUGAAAUACGGAAGAAACUCAAAGUUUGGGAUGAAGGGCUCCUCCUCGGUCAUCAGUAACGACGAUGACUCCGCCAGUCCUCUUCAUCACGUCUCCAAUGGCAACAACACCCCGUCGUCCUCAGAGAUGGGCCACGAUGCGGUGAUCAUUGGAAUGACAAAGAUCCCUGUCAUCGAGAACCCACAGUAUUUCCGCCAAUCUGGCAGCAUGCUGAAAUCGGACACGUUUGUCCAGCACAUCAAGAGACACAACAUUGUGCUGAAGCGUGAGCUGGGAGAGGGGGCCUUUGGGAAGGUGUUCCUGGCUGAGUGCUACAACCUGAUCCCAGAUCAGGACAAGAUCCUGGUGGCUGUCAAGACGUUGAAAGAGGCCAGCGAGAGCGGCCGAGCCGACUUCCACCGGGAGGCGGAGCUACUGACCAACCUGCAGCAUGAGCACAUCGUUACCUUCUAUGGCGUGUGUGUGGAGAGUGACCCGCUCAUCAUGGUGUUCGAGUACAUGAAGCACGGCGACCUCAACAAGUUCCUCAGGUCCCAUGGUCCUGACGCAGUGCUGAUGGCUGAUGGGCAGCACAGCCUGAUGGUGGAGCUGACCCAGUCCCAGAUGCUGCAUAUCGCCCAGCAGAUCGCUGCAGGCAUGGUCUACCUGGCCUCCCAGCACUUUGUCCACAGAGACCUGGCCACACGCAACUGUCUGGUGGGAGAGAACCUGCUGGUCAAGAUUGGGGACUUUGGCAUGUCCAGGGAUGUGUAUAGUACCGACUACUACAGAGUGGGGGGUCACACCAUGCUGCCCAUCCGCUGGAUGCCUCCAGAGAGCAUCAUGUACCGGAGGUUCACCACGGAGAGUGAUGUCUGGAGUCUCGGCGUGGUCCUCUGGGAGAUCUUCACCUAUGGGAAGCAGCCCUGGUACCAGCUCUCCAACAAUGAGGUGAUCGAGUGUAUCACCCAGGGGCGAGUGUUGCAGCGGCCACGUUCCUGUCCAAAGGAGGUGUACGACCUGAUGCUGGGAUGCUGGCAGAGAGAAUCCUACAUGAGACUGAACAUCAAGGAGAUCCACAGCCUGCUCCAGAGCCUGGCCAAGGCCUCGCCUGUCUACCUGGAUAUACUGGGCUGAGUGAGUCUGGGCAGGUGUUUGGGUGGUGGGUGGGGGUGAGGGGGAGUUGCGUGUGUGCGUGUGCGUGUGUGUGUGUGUCUGUGUGUGUGUGUGUGUGUGUGUGUGUGUGUGUGUGUGUGUGUGUGUGUGUGUGUGUGUGUGUGUGUGUGUGUGUGUGUGUGUGUGUGUGUGUGUCUGACUGUGCUUCUGCCUCCUCAUCACAUAGAGAAAAGCCUUAAAUUUGAUGAACUUUUCCUUUCCUUCUCCAUUUGAUGAUACUCUUAGGACCAGUUUCUCAAACCCAGAUUAAAAUAAUCCAGGAGCAGGCCCAAUUCUGAUUUAUUUCAUCAAGAGCUAAAAAUGAUUUAAUUAAGAUCUAUUAACCUUGAAUUACAUAAUGCUGGACCGUGACGGGAACUUUUUAAAUGAAGUUUAACCAUAGUCCAAUAAUAAUUGAGGCCAUGUCCAUGAAACCAAAUGAUCAGUAAUCUUGGUUAAAUUGUAAUCUGGGUCUGCGAAACAAAUCAUUAACUGUGUUAUUGUACUCUUCUUGUACACUGUAAUUGCUGGGGAUGAACAAAGGGAAAAUGACUGUGUCAAAAUGAUCAUGGACAAUGUAUGGACACGUGCCAACAUGGAUAGAGCUUUUCCUUGUUCCUACUAACACGAGGAACUUCUCAUGUGGAGCGACAUAUAAAGUCGAAGUAAUAUUUAUUUAUUUUUAAACCCAUUGCAAUGAAGUAAGGCUUACCGCUUAUAUAAGUGUCAUGGACUCUUUUUAUGAUGUGAGAACUUUCUUAUUGAUGUCAGGUGCUUUUUGACUCUGUUGUUUUCAUGUUACUUUACAUUUUGAUUGGUGACUGAAUUCUGUCAUCAUGGCCAACCAGUCCGGAGCUGUGGAGUUGAUUAUUAUGGUACUUGAAGGGUACCUCUUAGGACUUAUAAUGGCUUCAUAUCACAUUAAUAACCCAUUAAUAACCCAUAUAUACCACAGUAAAAAAAAAAAAAACAUCCAUUCAUGAAAUGCUUAUGUACUGCUCAUAUAUGGUUAUUUGUGUGUUAUAAAGUCUAUGUAGGUACCCUCAGUCUAGAGAGAACAAGAGCCAUCCAUCCACACAACACCGUUAAACCCCUGAGUGUUGCAACAUAUGUGCAUAUUACAAAAACACUUAAAAAAAAAAAAAGGAUUUAUCUUUUAAAACAUAUGGGCAUUCUCUAUGCCAUAUUUCUAAUUCGUUUUUUCAGAAUCAUUUUCUUUUCUUAAAUGAAUAUUUCAGGUUGUGGUUCAUUAUCAGUGGUAUUUUCUAUCUGAUUCUAUUUUGCUAGAUACUGACAUUGUCCAUUUCCAUGUAGAAGGUCUUUUUGUUUCUGAAUGUGGUUAGUAUGCACUACACAUGUCACAAUCUUGACUGGAUAACUAAAGCACAGUGAAUAAGGACCGUCCCAGCAUUAAGUUGGAACAGGGAGGAAUUUGAGUUGCCUCAACUCAAACCAAAGCAGUAAGAAAGUUGACCAAACUGUAGCAUAUAAUAAUAUUGUCACUUUGUUUUGUCAUUUGUGAAGAGCACAUUCACCAGCAAUGACUUAGAGAGACCAUCAUUUUUUCCUCUACCGUAUAAAUCUAUUGGAGGCCCAGAACUCUACUACACUGUUUGUUUUGCAUUUUUGGCAGCUUUAUAAAUGCUGUCGAUGUUGUUGAGGUCGACGUUGAUAAGAUGUUUCAGUAUAUUGAACCUAAUAGGAAAUGAUGGAUUUAGCCUUUAAGGAUAUUUGAUUCAUUUCAGCUGUAUUUGUGGUGAAUCAACAUUGACACUGCUUUAGUUUUCACCCUAGAGUUAGAAAACAUCAUUGGUAAAAUGCCCCUAUUCAGCGAUUUAUGCACUUAAAUUACUAAUUGACUUGUUUACAUUAUGUACUGUAUAGCAUAUUAUUUGGAACCAGGGUGUGAAAUUCUGUGAUCUUAUUAUUGAUUGAUAUACAGUACCAGUCAAAAGUUGACACACCUACUCAUUCAAGGGUUUUUCUUUAUUUUCUACAUUGUAGAAUAAUAGUGAAGAUGUGAGCUAUGGAAUCAUGUAGUAACCAAAAUAGUGUUAAACAAAUCAAAAUACAUUUUAGAUUCUUCGAAGAAGCCACCCUUUGCCUUGAUGACAGCUUUGCAAACUCUUGGCAUUCUCUCAAACAGCUUCACCUGGAAGGCUUUUCCAACAGUCUUGAAGGAGUUCCCACAUAUGCUGAGUACUUGUUGGCUGCUUUUCCUUAACUCUGUGGUCCAACUCAUCCCAAACCAUCUCGAUUUGGUUGAGGUCGGGUGAUUGUGGAGGCCAGGUCAUCUGAUGCAGUACUCCAGCACUCUCCUUCUUGAUCAAAUAGCCCUUACACAACCUGGAGGUGUGUUGGGUCAUUGUCCUGUUGAAAAACAAAUGAUUGUCCCACUAAGUGCAAACCAGAUGGGAUCGCUGCAGAAUGCUGUUGUAGCCAUGCUGGUUAAGUGUGCCUUUGAAUUCUAAAUAAUUCACUGACAGUGUCACCAGCAAAGCACCCCCACAUCAUCACACCUCCUCCUCCAUGCUUCACAGUGGGAACCACACAUGCAAAACUCAUCUGUUCACCUACUAUGUGUCUCACAAAGGCCUGAUUCACGCAGUCUCCUCUGAACAGUUGAUGUGUCUGUUACUGGAGCUCUGUGAAGCAUUUAUUUGAGUUGUAAUUUCUGAGCCUGGUAACUAAUGAACUUAUCCUCUGCAGAAGAGGUAACUCUGGUACUUCCUUUCCUGUGACGGUCCCCAUGAGAGCCAGUUUCAUCACGGCGCUUGAUGGUUUUUGUGACUGCACUUGAAGAAAGUUUAAAAGUUAUUUUGAAAUUGUACUCAUUGACUGACCUUCAUGUCUUAAGGUAAUGAUGGACUGUCGUUUCUCUUUGCUUAUUUGAGCUGUUCUUGCCAUAAUAUGAACUUGGUAUUUUACCAAAUAGGGCUAUCUUCUGUAUACCACCCCUACCUUGUCACAACACAACUGAUUAGCUCAAACGCAUUAAGGAAAGAUAUUCCACAAAUGAACUUUUAACAAGGCACACCUGUUAAUUGAAAUGCAUUCCAGGUGACUACCUCAUGAAGCUGUUUGAGAGAAUGCCAAGACUGCAAAGCUGUCAUCAAGCAAAUGGUGGAUACUUUAAAGAAUCUCAAAUAUAAAAAUAUAUUUUGAUUUUGUUUAACAGUUUUGGUUACUACCUGAUUCCACAUGUUUUAAUGUCUUCACUAUUAUUUUUUAAAUAAAGAACAACCCUGGAAUGAGUAGGUGUGUCAACGUUUUCACAUCAUGAACAUAUUCUAUCAGGAAUGUGACGACUUGAUAAAUCUGGCAGAGUUUAAUCAGAUUAUGUGACAGGGAAGAGGACCUAAGACAGUGCCUUCAGAAAGUAUUCAUACCCUUUGACUUAUUCCAUAUUUUGUUGUUACAGUCUGAAUUCAAAAUUGAUCAAAUAUUGUUUCCCUCACCCAUCUACACACAAUAGCCCAUAAUAACAAAGUGAAAACAUGUUUUUUUGACAUUCUUGCAAAUGUAUUGAAAAUUCAAUACAGAAAUCUAAUUCCCAUAAGUCAAAUCACCUUUGGCAGCGAUUACAGCUGUGAGUCUUUCUAGGUACGUGUUUUAUUUUAUUUUAUUUUUUAGCUUUGCACAACGGGGUUGUACAAUAUUUUCACAUUUUAUUAUUUUCAAAAUUCUUCAAGCUCUGUCAUAUUGGUUGUUGAUUGUUGCAAGACAACCAUUUUCAGGUCUUCCAUAGAUUUUCAAGUAGAAUGAAUGGCCACUCAGGAACAUUCACUGUCUUCUCCAGUGUAGAUUUGGCCUUGUGUUUUAGGUUAUUGUCCUGCUGAACGGUGAAUUAAUCUCCGUGUCUGGUGGAAAGCAGACUGAACGAGGUUUUCCACUAGGAUUUUGCCUGUGCUUAGCUCCAUUCCAUUUUUUUUAUCCUGAAAAAGUGGUACUCAGUAAUGUGUUGUAACAUAACAAACAAACAUAACACUUUGUAUUCAGGACAAAAAGUUAAUUGUUUUGCAACAUUUUUUGCGGUAUUACUUGAAUGCCUUGUUGCAAACAGGAUGCAUGUUUUGUAGUAUUUUUAUUCUGUACAGGCUUCCUUUUCACUCUAUCAAUUAGGUUAGUAUUGUGGAGUAACUACAAUGUUGUUGAUCCAUCCUCAGUUUUCUCCUAUCACAGCCACUCUGUAACUGUUUUCAAUUCACCAUUGGCCUCAUGGUGAAAUCCCUGAGUGGUUUCCUUCCUCUCUGGCAACUGAGUUAGAAAGGAAGCCUGCAUCUUUGUCGUGACUGGGUGUAUUGAUACUCUAUCCAAAGUGUAAUUAAUAACUUCACCAUGGAUAUUCAAUGUCUGCUUUUUUUUUUACCAACAGCUGCCCUUUGUGAGGCUUGUAAAAAUGUCAAAUAUUUCACUCUGACAUUAUGGGGUAUUGUGUGUAGGCCGGGUACAAAACAUUUAAAUAUAAUCAAUUAUAAAUUCAGGCUGUAACACAACAAAAUGUGGAAAAAAAUCAAGGGGUGUGAAUACUCUCUGAUGGCACGGUACAUAGCAUUAUACAACGGGUGGGUCUAAUCCUGAAUGCUGAUUGGUUAAAACCGCGUUCCAGCCAUUGUCUAUUCAACAAAUUGCCACCGGCUAAAUCUAUGAAGUCAAACCGCCUCCGCCUCCACUGCGCAAUCCACUGUCUCAACAGCCCAGCCUGGUAAUUUAUAAACUUGAUCUCCACUAUAAAAAGCAUCUUGAUGUUAUCUCACAUUUCUUUUAGACUAAUAUUGCAUUGUUUUCAACAGCGGAUAGUUAUAUAAACCUUGCUGUCUGUCUCUCCAACAUUUGCAACAUUGUUUCAAUAUUCAAAUUCGAUCUGCGGUCCCAUGGUAAUGAACGAGUCGGAACAAGACAUACAGGCCGGCAGCAUUUCUCAGACAGUCGAAAUCAAUAAUCAGCUGGCAUAAUCAUAUAUAUAUAUAUAUAUGAGACAGACACGUUUAGCAGAGCACAAUUUAAA